AUGCUUGCAUAUCUACUAUCGUUGAAUGUGUUUGAAAAAUCUCAUAAAACAACUGUGAGCGAAUCUGAACUUCAUGUUCAACGGCAAUCAACUCGUGUAUAUUUUCUUGUCCUUUUAUUUGCAUUAUUUAUUCUUGUCGCUUAUACAUCAUUGAUAUACCAACAAAAUAAUCACGUGAUGGCAAUUUCUUCGCUUGAGCAGUUUCAAUAUUUGCAAAAUCUAUAUGGUUCAAAUAUCGCUGAAUGUCCGUGCACAACACUAUCUUUUCAACAUGCGGCAUAUUAUCAACUCGAGCCUAUUUUUCAUCAAGUAUGUUCGAGUGAUUUUAUCAAUGUUGAUUGGUUGAAUAGUUUAUUUACGACUUACGAAAAUCAGACAGCAACAGACAACAACAUAUUCACAUUUGCUGAAAAUGCUUUUGCUCAUUUUCAGUCUUUACGCAUUAUGUGUGACUUAACGAGACAAGCCGUACUAGAUGCUCGAGAUCUUUUUCUUGCUACACAAGUCGCUUCGGCACGCAUGCUUGACUACAAUCUAUUUAAUUCAACAAUCACUGCGGAACAGAAUUUUUUUACAACGACUAUAUCAAAUAAUUUCAUAGCUAGUCUACAGAUGCUUAUUGAAAUGGCACAAGGAAAUGGCAUUAUGUCAGGAUAUUCAACGAAUUGGGGCGUAUUUCUACGUAAUUUGACAAAAGAUGCUACUAUAUAUGCAAAAUCGCGAAUAUAUGAAGAAUGUGAUUGUGCCACUUCCUCUUCAUGCAUACAAUCUUCAAUACCUUAUGUGCCGGGCUUUGUUGUCGGAUGUCUCCCUACAGAAUCAUUCUUGCAAUCUACAUUCGAAUGUCUCUACAAUCAAUCGUGCGUUGAUAGAAUAUCGUCUUAUGUGAACUCAUAUACUAUUCCUCAAGCAUUAAAUUCUAGUAGUUCUAGAUUUAGUUCUUACUUACCAAUAAAUGACAUCAUUAAAGAAAUGUUUGUUGAAUCGUUUUCAUGGAAUAUUUCUUAUGCAAAAUAUUUUCAACAAUGUCAACCAACAUCAUGUUCAUACAAAUUAAUCAAACGGUACAAUGCACUCUAUGUUGUAACAACUAUUGUAGGUCUCUAUGGUGGAUUAACCGUUCUACUCAAGCUGGUUGUGCCUUUUGUUGUACAUAAAAUAAUUGUAUUACUGAGACGCCAUCGCUAUAAAAAUAUGCAAGUAGUACCAACAAACGAACGCUACUAA